AUGGUCGAUCAUGAUGGUGAAUACCGGCACCUUCUCCGCCGGCGCUGCCACGCUAAGCUUCGACCUCUCCGUGCCCGAGGCACUGGCGGGCCAGGCCGUGGGUGCCUUGAUCCUGGCUGUUGGCUUGUCGCUCAAUGCUGCGCCGGGCGCGAAGUACGGAAUUCCCUUUCCUGUCCUGGCACGCAGCUCCUUCGGAAGCGGAGGUGCGCAUUUCUGCACCCUCACACGUGGGGCCGUUGCUACAAUGUGGCUAUCCUUCCAGUGUUGGCAGGGCGCUUUAGGACUCUACGCGGCCCUCGUGCGUUGCGUGGGGGAGGAUGCCGUCGAGUAUUGGGGAAAGCUUGA